GUUAGGGUUAAGUUUCGGCUUGAUUUGAUUUUAAAUAAAUGCUUUUUUUAUUGGAAAAUGAAAAUAAAUCCGGCUUAGAAAAGCGCCACGUUUGUUACAUAAUAUCUGCUCAAUAUAUUUUUGCCAUAUCUGCUAACCACAGAUAAAAAUAUUUUCAACUUUGUCAAAGCUUUGAUGAGGUCAACACGGGAUGCAAAUCUCAAAACAAGCUCAGUAUACGGACGUCAACCUGUUCUUACCGCAACAAAAAACAUUUAUUUGUCGAACAAAUCAACAAAAUGUCAAAGUCGAAGGCUUUUGAUACGAAGUACUUGAGAUAUGGCAAUAAUUCAAGUUAUAUAAUUGAAUUUUUUUCUUUUUUCUUUUUGGACCCAAGGUGGAAGGGCGCUUAUCCACUCAAAGAGAAUUUUGCUUCCAAUUGGGUUUAUUAUCUGGUGGGCCGGCUCACCGUUUAUAGCCUUAAUGGCGCAAACGACACAUUUAGACACGUUUGGUUAUGAUUGUAGCUUGCCACUUUGAAUAAUUAAAAAGUGGCCCUGAAACGAAAAAAGGGAAGUGUCGCCGAUAUAGGGAUAAUAUAUUUGACGACAUAAACAAACUUGCCGCAGUAAGAAAAACCGACAUCAAUUCUAUCAUAGACAAAAUGCUGCACGUAGGUUGGCUUCAGAUCCCUUGAAAAUUCUGAUCUUUCUCCCUUGUUUCUAUUAAUAAAUUCAAUUGUUUCCUGAUGAAGUUCCCUUUAAUAGUAGAGAUAUCCCUUGUUCUUUCAAGUUAAUUGUUCCCUUGGAAAUAAAGAAUAUCAUGUUACUUUGUUUCCCAAAACCCCUGGGAGGCCAGGGGCCUCCUAGGUUGCUUAGGUUGCACGUUAGAAGCAGCCUUUACUUUCUACCAGACAAGACAUGGUUCGUAGAUCAGUGAUUGAGCGGACCGUGGAAGUCAAAAAGGCCAGGCAAAUGAUGCAAGAAACAGCUCGUCUGUUGUUACUGAGUUGCUCCUUGGUAGUUCUUUAUGGAAUUCCUGUCACCAGCAGCUGCACUGCAAUGGAAAACCAGCAUUUAAACCCUUUCGCUCCUUCUCUGGAAAUCAACACUGUAGAAUUUCCGAACCAAGAUGUCCUACCAACUGGUUACAACAUUACAAUUACUUGUACCAGCAAUUAUUCUAAGAAUAACUGGGGCUUCCAUGACUAUGGUCAGCCAUUUUGGAUACAGCGUUUUUUCAACGAAGAUUACUUAGGGGACUGUGGUGGCGGCGAUGGUGAUAGCGAAGAUUCAAAAGUAUGUACUUUUGUCAUCCAAAACGCUACAGAGAGAGAUUCUGGAAAUUAUAGCUGCGUGACACGCAAUCAAUUAGAUUGCACCGCUGGCACUAUCUUUCUGUAUUUUGAAAAGCCGUCACCUCCACAAUUCACCCUCACACCACCUCACCAUAUGAACGUUUCCGCUGGAAGCUCAGUGAACCUAACCUGUAAAGCGACAGCUAUCCUCAAGCCUGUCAUCAGUUGGUAUAAAGAUGGUCAGCGUGUACCCAGGGGCAACAUCACCGAAGUUAAUGGGAUUUCCCUGCUACCUUUGAAAAAUGUGCAACCACACGACCAAGGAGAGUACUGGUGUCAGGCAGAAAACGCAGAGGGUUGGAGCAGAACUUCUAGCACACGUCUCAAGUUAUUUUCAAAGCCAACCAUACUGCUUCAUCCAAAAGACUUUUCCAUUUACCUAGCGGAUAAGGCUAUCGCGGUUAUUUUCACCUGUGAGGCUACUGGAUUCCCACCUCCGGUGAUCAGCUGGCUGAAGAACAACUUGACAGUAACGAGUGGAACACUCAUCAAGAAUGGUAGCAUCUCCUCUCUAGUUCUCCGUGUAGAGAAUAGGGAGGAACCCCCGGGGAAGUAUAGAUGUAUUGCAGAAAAUUCAUUAGGGGAGACAUCUUCCAAAGAGGCAGCACUGGUAAUCCGUCCACGAACACGCAGCCUAGUAUUUUCAAAUCCAACCAUACUGCUUCAUCCAAAAGACGUUUCCAUUUACCUAGAGGAUAAGGCUAUCACGGUUAUUUUCACCUGUGAGGCUACUGGAUUCCCACCUCCGGUAAUCAGCUGGCUGAAGAACAACUCGACAGUAACCAGUGGAACACUCAUCCAGAAUGGUAGCAUCUCCUCUCUAGUUCUCCGUGUACAGGAUAGGGAGGAACCCCCGGCGAAGUAUAGAUGCAUUGCAGAAAAUUCAUUAGGGGAGACAUCUUCCACAGAGGCAGCACUGGUAAUCCGUCCACGAACACGCAGCCUAGAUGACAUUUCGACGUCACUCGGCGUUUCAAGAGUUGUGUGGAUCUCAGUUGCCAUAGGAACAGUUCUUCUAUUUGCUGUGGUUGUUUCCAUUUGUCUAGUGCAUAACAAAUGUAAGAAAGCUAAUUAUGAGAUCAACAAAGAGAUGAAAGAGGAGCAACGUUUUCCGCACCUUCACAUCGGAGAUACUGCGGGUCAACUCAGAGACGACCGGACCGUUCCACGCUACCAAAUGACAAACAUGGCAUAAAAAAACUGAAUUGUUUUCAUACUGAUAUAAAUCUACCCAGACCAAGUAGUAAAAAGUUGCAUUGUCCGAGGGUUACACUACUCCGGAGAAAUUUUAAGACGCAACUUUAUCUCUGCGGCUAGGCCUACCGUCCACUCUAAUCCGUCACGAAAACGGAGCCUUUCAAAAACGCUCUUCAAACUGGAGUUUGUAGUUAAAACGGAAGACAUUUUGAAAACGAAGCUUUUCGAAAACGAAAUAUCAUGAGAUAUUUCUGCUCGAGUUUUCCUCAAACACAAAUCCAAAAUGACCGGUGAUUGUUGCGUUUUGAAAUUUCUCCGGCGUAGUUUGGAGGGGUCCCAAAACGGUCAAUCUUGCAACUUGUUAUUAAUUCUUCGAAAUUGCCUUUUACUGGAACUGCCAUUAACAUCAAACCAUAUGACACUAUACACUGUACAAAUACACCGUCUUCACCAAACUCAAGAUCGUUUUGCACGUUUUAAAAACAUGGGCAAACCAGAGAUUUUAGAGCACUUUGUGCGAAAUAUACCUCAGCUGGAAAAAAACCACUCAAGUUUUAUCGUUUUAAUGUCAGUUUUAACCAUGGUUAUCGUUAAACAACAUGUGGAAAAUGGCAGAACUUACAUGCUGUAUAGGCUCAUCAUAUUGGUGUAUUAGCUAGCGAUCAAACAGUGUUACUAGAAGAAAUUAGAUUUUUUCCUGCCAGUGACCCGAGAUUUCACUACCGAAUGCUUCAGUCGUCACCUUAAAUUUCUGAAAACCAUGUCUGAAAGUAAUCAAGAAGGCAAAAAUAUUAGUUUCUGUAACCGUAAUUAAAUGUUUCAAACUUCAAAACUCUAAACCCUAUAUCUGAAACAAAAGAAAACUCAGCUUUGAUUGGAAGUCUUACUGGUGUCCGGCAAGGGUAUGUGGAAAGAAAAGUCUUGCGAAAGCAAAAAUAGUAAAUUUAGAAUUUUGAUGACGUCAAGUGAACACGAUCUAUUGGAAACUGUGAUAGACAUUGCAAACAUCGCAUAAUUCCGCAAUAAAUUUAACUCAUAUUUACCCCAUUAUUAACCAGUCUAUAGAAGGACUUGGAAGUAGUAAGUUUAGAUGUAAAAUAUGAAAUUAAAUUUAAUUUAGCAUGUACAUAUACUGUUAGCUUACAUUAACCCUUUAACCCCCAAGAGCGCUUAUGAGCAGACUUGAAGAAAAAAGCUCAUUUCAUUCUCCGGCAAAAAAGUAAAAAUCAGAAUAUAGUAUCGCUCUGAGGUUACAUCUAUCGACAAAACUGUCAAACGCUUAAAAUGUACUCGGCUUUUGAAAAGUAAAAGGUUUACAUUUCUCUGAAACAUAAAAACCAAGUCCCCAAUAUAAAGAAUAAUAUAAGGGGCGAGUACGUCAUAGCUAAGAUGCAGCUGGAAAGUUAGACCAAUAGUUACAACAUCGCAGUGACCUCGAUAUAGGUUUGAUGUAAAACAUUUCUGUGGUUCACAAGUCUGAGAAACGUAUUCAGCUAGCCGCGAUCGGCAAAUCUCGUCUCUUUUCCUCCGGGGCUAUAGAAUAAAGUCCUGGAUUCCCCUUGUUGAAUUGCGAAACGCAAUUUGAAACAAAUGAAAUUUUGGGUUCCGAGGGCCCUGGCCAUGUUUUUACUGCUAGAUAGGAAAUUCUUCCAGAUUUUCUAAAUCAGUUCAAGGAUAAAGGAAAGGAAACUCGUAAGAUUGUAUUCUGGGAUGAAGGAAGGAUGUGUCUGAGGCAUAGAAUAAACCAGAACAGUUACCCCAAUACUACACCCAUAGUCCUAGGGAAAUCAUACAGACUGCUUCACCCUUUAACAGUGUCUUCGGAAACAAUCAGGCCAGUGUCUCCAACAAAGCUGGGGAUAUCAUGUUAAACUGCAGUUAUACCUAUUCAAUUUAAGAAAACGUACUUUACACAAUCUUUUAUAAAUAGAUAUAUAACCAGGAAAUUAAUAAACAGUUUAACAAAUGCAAA